AUGAGUUACAGCGUCAUGUCCACUGAACUGAUCUGUGUGGCGUGUACUUUCUUUGGUGAAAAGGAUACACAAAGUACAGCACAAAACAUAACAAAGCAUAACACAGAGGCACAAAGUACAGCACAACACAUAACAAAUCAUAACACAGAGGCACAAAGUACAGCGCAAAACAUAACAAAGCAUAACACAGAUAUACAAAGUACAGCACAAAACAUAACAAAGCAUAACACAGAUACACAAAGUACAGCGCAAAACAUAACAAAGCAUAACACAGAUAUACAAAGUACAGCACAACAUAUAACAAAGCAUAACACAGAGGCACAAACUGAAACAGGGCAUAACAAGAUCUUUGCUGAGACAUACUCUGCAAAGAGCAGUAUACCUUACCAAGUGUCACCUUGUUCGAUCCCUGACUCUGGCUUUGACUUCGCAGGUCCGGAGUUCUGGGGCGUGAUCAACCCGGCGUGGGCGAUGUGUUCGGAAGGGCGCCGCCAGUCCCCCAUCAACCUGGACCCCCGCACCCUCCUACACGACCCCAACCUGACCCCCAUCACGCUCGACAAGACGGAGGUCAAAGGUCAACUAGUGAACACAGGUCACAGUCUCGAGUGGCGAGUCAUAACUUCGUCCGCCCUGCCACUGAACCUGUCCGGUGGGCCUCUCUCUUAUACGUACUCCAUUAGCCAUCUCAGGAUGCAUUUUGGCGAACGUGAUCUCCAGGGCUCAGAACACACUAUCGCCAACUAUGCGUUUCCCGCUGAGUUACAGAUCUACGGUUACAAUGCACAGCUCUACAGAAACUUCAGCCAGGCAGCCUCCCAGGUCUACGGCGUGGUGGCUAUUGCUGUGUUGGUGCAGCUGGGUGACCGCACAACACCAGCUCUCGCCAAGAUGCUAGAAGCUCUUCCAAGUGUAAAGUUUGGAGGCUCUUCGUCAGCAGCCUACGACCUGAUCAUAAGCGAACUCCUGCCUUCCACGGAACACUACUUGACCUACGACGGAUCCCUGACUGUCCCUGGCUGCUACGAGACCGUGACAUGGAUUCUGCCCAACAAGCCCCUUUACAUCGCUUUUAGUCAGAUGAGAAAUCUCCGGAGGUUAAAGCAAGGUUCCUCUGACUUCCGAAGAAAUGCGCCGGUGGCUAACAACUUCCGGCCACUGCAGUCUGCUCACCAUCGCACUAUCCGGACUAAUAUUGACUUCGGUUACUCGCAGGGGAAAAAAUGUUCUAUGGCUAGGCCUAAAUUGCAGUAUCGUGCGAACGACUGGCGAAAUUCUUGACCACUAUUGCCAUCAAGUGAUCAUGUAAAUAUUGCAUGUGGACAUCACGCGUCUUCAUCGGUGUGUAAAUAGCUUUAUUCCUUUGCCAAAAAAAAAAAAAAAAAAAAUGUUCUUGUUUAACCAACACCUUGUGAGGAAGGUCUCCUG